AAGAUGUUUGAAAUCGCAGUCAUUUACGCUCGACAAUUUUUACAAUAGCCUUGAGCCAUAAUUUUGCGAGUCUCUCCAGCAUCCAUCCCCCUGUAUGGUCUCUCUCCACUGGCCAUGCACGACCGUUUCUCUCCCCAACCGUGGAUUUCCUAUUACUCUCGUUACGACUCACUGAGCCCCAGGCCCAAGGAUAAUGAUGUGUUGUUUCUUGGUAGCAUAAUUUGUCACACGUACAUUUUUUCUUCUUCUUCUCUUGCAGAAAGCUCUGCGCGCUCUCUCUCUCUCUCUUUCUCUCUCCUUCUCCCUCUCCUACAUUUUCUUGCUGUUGCUAAUUCAUGGUGAUCAAAUGAUGUACGACAAAAUAAAUUGUAAAGAGUGACUGCUCCGAGUUGGGAAGCAGAAGGUUGUGGGUUUUUUGGUUUUUUUUUUUUUUUUUUUUUUGAAGGAGCGAUCAAACCUUUAAAAAGGAAGGACAAUUGAUUUUUGGGGGGGAGCUUAAGUGAACCUUUACUUUGGCCGCUGGUUGUGGAGCAGGUUGGAGGAGGGUUUAAAGGCAGGUGCGCUGAGGCCGCUCACCAUGUCCAGAUGUGGGGACAGGACCUCCACCUUCAACCCCAGCCACAGCAACAACCUGCUGCAUGGCCUCAACCUGCUCUGGAGGAGGCAGCUCUUCUGCAGCGUGACCCUAGUAGCUCAGGGCCAGCAGUUCCACUGCCACAAGGCCGUGCUGGCCUCCUGCUCCCAGUACUUCCGAUCCCUCUUCUCCAGCACUGGCGGCGGCGGCCACCCCCAACCCCUGGCGCUGGGACCGAGCGCGCAGGACGGGCUGGGCCUGGGCGCACCCCCCAAGGAGCAGCAGCAGGAGGAGCCGGGCACCCCUUCUUCCUCCCCCGAGGACAAGCUCCUGGCCAGCCCCAGGGCCAUCAACAACCUGGUGUUGCAAGGCUGCUCGUCCAUCGGGCUGCGCCUGGUGCUGGAGUACCUGUACACGGCCAACGUGACCCUGUCCCUGGACACUGUGGAGGAGGUGCUGUCGGUCAGCAAGAUCCUGCACAUCCCGCAGGUCACCAAGCUGUGCGUGCAGUUCCUCAACGACCAGAUCUCGGUGCAGAACUACAAGCAGGUGUGCAAGAUCGCCGCCCUGCACGGCCUGGAGGAGACCAAGAAACUGGCCAACAAGUACCUGGUGGAGGACGUGCUGCUGCUCAACUUCGAGGAGAUGCGCGCCCUGCUUGACUCGCUGCCUCCCCCAGUGGAGUCGGAGCUGGCGCUUUUCCAAAUGUCCGUGCUCUGGCUGGAGCACGACCGGGAGACCCGCAUGCAGUAUGCCCCGGACCUCAUGAAGCGCCUCCGCUUCGCCCUCAUCCCGGCCCCGGAGCUGGUAGAGCGGGUCCAGUCGGUGGAUUUCAUGCGCACCGACCCCGUCUGCCAGAAGCUGCUGCUGGACGCCAUGAACUACCACCUGAUGCCCUUCAGGCAACACUGCAGGCAGAGCCUGGCCAGCAGAAUUCGCUCCAAUAAGAAAAUGCUGUUAUUGGUCGGAGGCUUGCCUCCUGGACCUGACCGGCUACCAAGCAAUUUGGUUCAGUAUUAUGAUGAUGAAAAGAAGACAUGGAAAAUACUGACAAUUAUGCCAUAUAAUAGUGCCCAUCACUGUGUUGUGGAAUUAGAAAAUUUCUUGUUCGUUUUGGGAGGAGAAGACCAAUGGAACCCAAAUGGAAAACAUAGUACAAACUUUGUGAGCCGAUAUGAUCCCAGGUUUAACAGCUGGAUCCAACUUCCACCCAUGCAAGAGAGGAGAGCCAGUUUCUAUGCAUGUCGGCUUGAUAAGAACUUAUAUGUGAUUGGUGGAAGAAAUGAAACUGGAUACUUGUCCAGUGUGGAAUGCUAUAACUUAGAGACAAAUGAAUGGCGUUAUGUAUCUUCUUUACCACAACCUUUGGCAGCGCAUGCAGGAGCAGUGCACAAUGGCAAGAUAUAUAUUUCAGGGGGUGUUCAUAAUGGAGAAUAUGUCCCCUGGCUAUACUGCUAUGACCCUGUUAUGGAUGUCUGGGCCCGAAAACAGGACAUGAACACAAAGCGAGCAAUCCACGCUUUGGCUGUAAUGAAUGAUCGACUGUAUGCAAUUGGAGGAAACCAUUUGAAAGGUUUCUCCCAUCUUGAUGUUAUGCUUGUGGAAUGCUAUGAUCCAAAAGGUGACCAGUGGAAUAUUCUUCAGACUCCUAUUUUGGAAGGUCGCAGUGGCCCUGGAUGUGCAGUUCUUGAUGACAGUAUUUACCUUGUCGGAGGCUACAGCUGGAGUAUGGGAGCCUACAAAUCUUCUACCAUUUGCUACAGUCCUGAGAAAGGAACCUGGACAGAACUAGAAGGAGAUGUAGCUGAGCCACUUGCAGGUCCUGCAUGUUCAACUGUCAUACUGCCAGCCUGUGUACCGUACAACAAAUAAUAUUUAAGAAGCUCUGAAAUGAACAAUGUUACAUUCUGGAAAGUAAUGACGGGUGACGUAAAUAUUUUAAUAGAACAGAAUUCCUGGUAAAACAAAACUACUGUAAUCAACCCCUUAUUUCAGAUUUAUACAUUAAAAGCAAAGUAGGAACAAAGAGUUUAAUCUCAGAUAGAUGCCGGUGUCUCGUGAAGCAAGUAACUAGAACACACUGAACAUUACAUGCUGACAGACUGCCAUUUCAGACUGAUUUUAACUUUUUUCCCACUACAGAAAUAUUCCUCAUGUGGAUUUUAACUUUUUAAAAUGAAGGCUAAAUGUCCAAAUACAACCUGAAAGGACGAUCAGUUUUGUGCAUUGUAUUCUACCUGCAUGUGAUCUAUGUGAAGUCAUGAGGAUGUUGUGUUCAUGAAUGCUUCAAAACUCAGAUACUGCAAAGCUCACUCUGCAUUGCAGAGCUGUCUCCUCCUACAGCUACUUCACAUGCUCUGCGAGCAACACAGAAUCAAAAGAUCAUAAGAGGUAAAGAAAUGUCAUUUCACUUUUACUCGUCUUAGCUUAUCAUACACUCUGCCUUCAAAGUCUCUAUGUGUAAGUGUAGUGAAGAGCAGACUACAGUGAAAAUGAUGCUUUACAGAGCACUUCUUGCAAUAGUGUUUUAAGAACUAGGAACAAAUUCUGCUCUUCAUUACACUGGUGUAAAUCCAGAGACAUUCCACUAAAAUCAUUGGAAUGGAUGUCUUUUUGGUUGGUGUGACUGAAAUCUUGGCCUAAACCUCAAAUACUGGGUUUACAAAGUAAGUUUUAUCAUAAGCAGUUAAAAGCUAACACGGUCCAUUAAUACGGUAAACAUACAAGAAUUCUUCUUCAUUUUCACUCAUAUUAGAAGUGAAUACACUUGUUAUUUGCUUUCAAAGAUAAGAGCACUGAACUGAAGCUUAAUGGAACCUCUUAAAUUAAUAUGCACAGAAUUGAAGGUCAGCUAAAUUCCAUAUCUCUGAUUUACCUUCAGAUGUUCAUAAUUUGCAGAGCUUUGUUGAUCCAGAGAAAUACAGGGCUGGAGUUUCCACUGCCUUGUGCCUUGUGCAGCUAUUUAUAUUUAGUAAAGUGAGUGCAAAAUGUUACCAGCUCAGAACCGUCACAUGUUCCACCCACUUCACAAAGUUGUACUUGAUUACGUAAGGUGCCAGGCAGUGGCAAAUCAGGCCUUUUGUGUUUUUAUGCUUAUGUCUUCCUUUUGCAGCAGUAAUUGACUUACAGACACAUACCUGAUUCACCAUUGCCUUUUGGCUUGAAUAAGAAUUUACACCUGUGCACCAUGCAUGUGAAAUACUUUCACUCUGGAUUAUUGGAGUUUAACUUCCUCUUUGCAUUCAGGCCAACUCCUCAGCCAGAGUACACUGACGUAGCUCCAUGGAAACCAUUAAAGGCAUUCCAGUUUUCACCAGUUGGUGAUCUGGCCUUCUGCUUACACUGGGUGAAAGGCAGUAGGGAUCAGGCUGAGUAUUUCCAAAGGCGUGCAUAUUUCUGUUGAUAUUAAUUGACAAUGAUGAUACAUAAACAAGAAGCAAACAGUUACUGUAUGUUAGCUUCUGCUGCAUUAGGAAUAGACAAAAGGGGGAAAUCAUUGUGUUUUUUAUAUAUAUAGAAAUAGAAAAAGGACAAAUUUGGUUAGAAAUUAAACUACAUUCAAGUUGCCAAGAGAGUGAUAUAAACAAUGAGAUUAAAUAUUGUUGCUCUGUGGCACCAUUCCAGUUUUAUGACAGUGUAACUCUCUUGCAUCCAGCAGAAUUACACUGAAGUAAAACUGGAGUAACUCAAUAGACACAGAGGCUAUGCAAAUGCAAUAAAGCAAUUGGUGAGGCAGCUACCCAUGCAGAAAAAGUUGUUUAAACAAUUAUUUUCAGAAGCCACAGAUAGCAUCAGUAAGGAAUUCAUAAAGGUUGAGUGUAUAUCCUGAAAUCUCAAUCCAUUUCUACUGUAUAGUGCAAUUUUAGUUGGUUUUGUAUUUAUUUGUAUUGUUCAUAUCCAAGGGAUCCCUUGUAAAAUAUAUUUGGUGCAAUCAUGACAUUUUUUUUCUUUUCUGUUUAAAAUAUAUAAAUAUAUAUGAAAAAGAAACAUGUUACAAUAUUAAAUGAGGAAACCUAGAAUGACAUUUAAGAUCAAGAUAAGGUCUGCCAUAAAUCACUGACUGUUACAUAUCUCUACUAAUAUGUACCACUUUAAAAGGGUAUUUGUUGUCCUUUUAAAUGGCUCUUUUUUUACCAAGAUAAUUUAAAGAUUUAUGAGGCUUGUAUGUAAAUCUUUAUCUUUCAGAAAGGCAUGACCAAGGAAAGUGCUAACUGAAUAAGUCACAAAGAAUGUAAAUUUUGUACAGUAUUAGAAAGUGUAAAUGAAGCUUGCUUGUAGGGCGAAAACUUUAAAUAAAACUUUAUGUACUAAA